UCCUGUGAGCCUUGCCGAAGCAGCUUCUGUCCCUCAUGUCUCUUUGUGGGGAGCAGAAACAUACUUCCCGCAGCAUCACUGGAGACAAGCCAGAGCUCCGGGAGAGGAACGCUCCGGGGAACUCCGCGCAACUCCGGUGACUUGACUCGUGCCAGAGUAGGAAUGGGCAAAAGUGCAAAAUUAGAUGGCGGAACUUAUGAGCAGGACUGAAACGAGAGGUCACUUCUGAGUUGAGAGCGACACCCGAAUGGACUGGACUCAAAGGUCAAAUCUCCUUUAAGUUACAGGCGAAGUACUUCUUAUAUCCGGUCGCUUCUGCGGGAAAACUGAACUGAAACGAACAAUAUAGCCGAUUUUCAUUAUCUUUAUCUGUCCCCGAAGCGCUUUCCAAAUGCUGUGAAAUGAAGAGUCUCUUUAAAGAACAUCUUGAAUGGUCCCGGCAGAGCUUUUGAUUCACAAGCCGGGCAUUUAUCUUAAUUCUCUAGCCCUUUCAGAGAGCCUGCAUUAAAGACUGCGUUGAUAUUACUCUUAGGGGAGAAGAGGGUAAUGUUUCUUUGAUGAAGUCUCUUUGUAAAAGUUUACAGCUGUCAGUCGGAGGAAGAGUCCGGUGGCUUGCCAUGAUGGAAAAGUAAACAUCUCAACUCGAAGUGAGACUUUUUGAGGACAGGAGCCAUGUUCACAGGGGAUGGUGUGGUCAGUGGUCACUUCCUGACCGGGGGUCAGUUCAAGCCUCAUCAGGGACUGCAAGUAAAUGCGUCAAUUCAAAUGGAGAAUGGGCAACACUUCGGGACCUUUCCUCCAUACCAGGCUCAGACUUACGCGAAUGUCAGUUUGCCCAAAGUGGAGAACAAUGUUAUCACGACCACGUUCGAACCGACACCCCAACCUGUGCCUCCCGCUGCGCUCAAACUGGGACAGGACGGCUUCAAAAAAGUCUGCAGAUCUGAGGAGCGCAGUCCAUGUCCCUUCCCCGGACUGGCCUCGGGGGUACUGGAGAUGCGCGUUAAAGAAGGGAGUAAGAUCCGCAACUUGAUGGGCUUCGCCAUGGCCCGGAUGGAGGGCGAGAAAGGACUCUCCGGUGCCGGAGAAGGUGGACUCAGACAGGUGGUCUUCACCGGGUCAGGCCGCGCCGUCACGAAGACCAUCACAUGUGCUGAGAUCAUGAAGCGCAAAGUGGGCUCGCUGCACCAGCUGACCAAACUGCAGUACAAGGUGGUGAAGGAGGUGUGGGAGAACACCGAGGGGGGCACGUCAGAGAUGACCGUGCACAGGACGGUGCCCUCCAUCAGCAUCCUGCUCUCGAAAGACCCACUGGACCCUCAGGAGCCGGGCUAUCAACCUCCGGAGACUAUCGGCGCACUGUGGCAGGACAGAGAGGGAUAUGCCGCGCCGUCGGCAAUCAAGAGACCUCCGGAACCUUCACUGUUUCGCAGUUUGCCGCACUGUAAGCGUGUGUGCUCGGGCGAGGGGGUUUCCGUGAGCCCCCUAAUGCACUGACUGGAUGUCAAACAACCAAGUUCACUUGGUACUGCCCUCGACUUGAGCACAACACCGAGACAAUCAGUACAGUCACUGGGACAGAACGGCGCUUUCUACCAAUUGCAGCCUGACUGGGACAUUAAGAGGCUGCCUUCUGUACAUACAGCCGUGAGAAUUGAGUACACGCUUGAAAACCUUAAACCCCAUUACUUGACUUUUAAGAUUGAAAACAAGCCAUGAAGUGCGAAAACUCGUCUGGUUUUCUUGUUUGUUUGUUUCAUGCUAACAUUACGAGGGAGGGACAGCUGAAAACUAUUGAUGACAAAUGCAAAUAAUGAACUUUUUAUUGUUUAUAGCGGAAUAUGUUACUCUUCCUGAUGAUUCUUUUUGGGUUGUGUUGAAUGUUCAAAUUACACAAGGAUAUUCAUGAAAAAAUGUUUCAUCCCAUAUUUACUUUGAAAAAGUAAUCCAACCUAACAAAUUCUUUUAUUUUUUUUAUAGUUUUAUUUUGGAUCACUGGCUGACUCCAAUUUACCCACAAAUGGUGUUUUUGUUUUUCCCAUUCAAAGUAUGGAGCAAAUUAUGACACCUUUGAAAGUGUUCUACAAAGUGUGUGUUGCAGCCGAUGCAUAUUAAAAUGAAGUGUGUGUGAGAGUGUGUGUGUGUGUGUGCGCGUGUGUGCGUAUGCGUGCGUGCGUCACUCCAAGACAUAUGCAAAGCAUGACAUUGUCCAAUUUUACUUGCUUCAGUAUUAAACGUGAGACUGUAUUCUUCCCAAUGCAAUUUGGCUGUUAAAUUAAUAAUUUGUCAGAGGAUAUGCAGAACAAAAAAAUUAAAAAAAAAACAAUUCCAGCAUUGAUAAGCGAAAGGUAUAAUAUGUUUACAUUUCUAUUGAAGUGUCAUCUGGCUUAUGUUGGUCCACCAGGUGAUGCUACAUUUCCCCAUUUAAAGCAUGUAGCAAAAUGGGUCUGUGUGGAAAGGAUGGAAGCCACUGAAAUUCAUUUUUUUUUUUUGUAAAAUCAUAAAAUAUCAUUCUCACCAAUGCUGCUUUGGUUGUAAAUCGUCUUUAGGUUGAAAUUUCCUGAGGAUAUUAAUUUUCAAAAAUAUCAACUUGUCCACUCAGUGGCACUACCUUUCUCUAUUAAAAGCAUGCAGCAAAUUGUGACACCUUUUACCAUUUGCUGUAAGGGUUAUAGUAUGCCAAAACAAAGUGUGUGUGUGCGUGAGUGCGCGCGCGCGGUUGGUUGAAAAGCAGCUGACAUCCACUGACAACAAACGCAAAUCACGCCAUUGUCCGUUUUUAUUUGUCUCACUAUUAAAUACUCUUUUCGCCCCGUAUGGAAAA